AUGGAUAAAGAAGUCGUUCCUGUGUAUCUGCUGGACCGAAAUAAAUCCGAUAGCACUACCACAAUAGACGAUAUGGCUGAAUUUCUGGAAUUUAUGAGUGAAGAUCGUGACUUGGAUUCGUCUUUAAACAUGCCACUGGGAGUACCAGAUCCAAUCCUGACAAGCUUAAAAACAAAUGAAAUUCUUUCUAAUGCCGAUAACGAACGAAGUCGCACACCGGAAGAGACAGAGCCGCCAACUCCUCCCAGAUCUCAUUACACGGCAUGCGUUUUAUGGGAAGCAUCGGAAGAAGCAUGCGGGAGAUUUGACAGAAAUAAGAAAUGUGUUAGUUUUGGCACAUUGGAAAGAAAUGACGUCGGACGUUAUAUGAUGUCUAUUGGAGCUGUUGGAGCACCGGAAGAUGGUAAAAAGUUGUUGUCAUUAGCCAAAGUGCAUGACGAUAAUCAGGACAGCGAUAAUAACACUGGUCAGAUAAUGAAUAAUGAAAUGGUCAUGAAUUUGAAAAAAAUGUAUGAUUGUUAUGUUAAUAAUAACAUGUCAUUUGUAGAACAAGUUAGAAUUAUCGCAAUUUUACCACGUAGUUAUGAUCAAGUAAUGAAAGCAUUUAAUUGCUCAAGGUACAAUGUGAAGAUAGCAAGAAAAAUGCAAGAGAUGAACGAUUACAUGUUAAAUAACGAGAAAUUGCCUGUUAUUCGUCAACGUAUUAAACCAGAACAAACAAAACAUUUUAUAGCAUGGCUUGUCGAAAGUAAUACGUUAGUUUCAGACUCACUAAGUACUGGUGAGUUAAUUUUGAAACAAUUUAAAGAAAAUCGUCCUCACAUUACAAAACUUUAUAGAAGAACGGACAAUGCUAGCAACUUUUCAUCGCAUUCAACACCUGAGGGUGAACGUGUUAUUUGUGAGAAGUUGGGGAUAAAUUUGGUAUGCAGGGACUAUAGCGAAGUGCAAAAGGGGAAGGAUAUAUGUGAUAGAAUCUGUGGUUCAUCAAAAUCUCGCUUACGCGCGUGGUCAAGUAACGGUAAUGAUAUACAAAAUGCUGUGGAUAUAAAGGAAGGAAUGGAGUAUGCAGGCGGCAUAAAAGAUACAAAAAUAGCUGUUGCACAGAUAAGUGAAGAAGGUGUCCUUGGUACAUUCAGUAUUCCUAAUGUCAGCUUCGUUAGAAGUAUCAUGUAUGAUGAACACGGAAUGAAAGUUCAAAAAGCCAGUGGAAUUGGAGAAGGAAAACAUGUUCCAUACAAAGGUAUAGAUUUUGCAAAUAAUAUGAGAAUUACAAUUCUGCUUAGUGCAAAAAUCGACUCUCGAUCAUCUGUUACGUGA